GCUGGAUCCGGAAGAUGAGGUUGGACUUGUGCCUGAGGCCGCUUUUUAUUGCAGAGUGAUGAAGAGGUGUUUGGGUCUGAUGGACCUGAGCCAGACAUCCAGCCCAGACUGACGAGCUGUGUGAUCUUGAGCAGGUGGUUAGCCUUCCUGAGCCGCUGCCUUCUCCCCUGUUCCAUGGGGAUAAUUCACCUCUCCCUGCGAGGGCAGCAGGAGGCUCUGAUGAGACAGUGGAGUCUCUCAGCAAAGGACGUUUCUGCUGUCCUUGUCCUUCCGCUUCUGGGCUGAUUGUGCGCUGGUGUCAGUUCUUCUCACUUAAGGGUUUACCUUGCUCAGUGUUGACAGUUCCUGGACAAUCCUCAGACCUGUUAAUAAUGUUUUAUUACAUCCGUAGGACACUUCAUACUUUUCAAAGGGCUGUUUGGCACUUUCUACUCCCAGUAUAUCACCUGCUAGGUGCCCGAACUGGGCUAGGGGCUCUGGACCUUAGCUCUUAAACCCCACAGCAUCUCUGGAGAACUGGCAUGGGCGUCCCCAUUUUACCUGGGGACUCAGCCAUGGGGAGGAACUUGUUGGAGUCACAGACUUGGUUGGGGACAGUUGGGCCUCACACCGGGCUCAUCAGGCCCCAGAGCCCAUGCUCUUUCCUUCUUAACAUAACCUUGCCAAGUGAUUGGGCAAAAAGCUCAAGACGUUUUCAGAUGAACCCUCCUCACACUCCAGAUGGGAACAGAGUCCCCGAUAGGGCAAGAAGCUUAAUAACAAUCAUGCCUAACAUUUUUGUUAUACUUCAUAUAGCUUUUCAGGGCUUUCAAAGGCUUUAUGUAGAUUUCAAGACUAAGUGAGGCACGCCUGCCUCAACGUGUCUUCCUAAAAGCCCACUAGUCGAGCAAGGCAGAGUCUAUGAUAGGCUGUCAAAGAACCGUGGAGGAUACACAGGCGUGAAUAACCGUACUCUGUGUUUCUAUGGGGUAAUGCGAUUUGGAAAACAACGCGGAUUGAGCUUUGGUGAUAACAAGAACAGGUGCACCUCUUCCUGGACCAACAAAUGUCAGUGAUGCUCAACCAGCCUGCCGGGCAGCCAGCCCCAGCCGUGGCUGGGCACCGUUGUCCAGUGAGCGCUAGGUGAUGAGCAUGAGGAACAUAGAUUGUAAGCUCCCAGAGGCAGGAGUCUGUGUGUCUAGCUCACCAUGUGUCCCACCCCAGGGUAGUGUCUGGUACGUCACAAGCGCUCCGUGUUGGUGUAAAAGUCACUUACCCACUGGAGCUCAGCAUCCCCAUCCAAGAACCUGGGGAUUUUAUUACUGAUCCUGUUGGUGACUAUGGAAAUGUAUCGCCUUGACCACAGCAGAAGUUCAGUGAGUGUUGCUCAGGGGGGCUGUGCCCUGCCUGGUACCCUGGUGACUGCCCUCUGCCCGCACCCUCUGCAGGCUGUCCCCGCUCACGUUGUCUCUUCUUCUUGUCUUUCUCUGCAUAGUGAAUGGGAGCUACGGCCACUGCACUCCGGGCUCAGAGAAGAGCCUGCUGGACCUGGACCUUGCCGAAGGCCCUGGCCCCACCUGCCGCCAGGGCCUGUUUCUCCCUGCAGGAAGCCCACCACCCCGGGGUCACCCCCCAGCCUGUGAGAGGCUGCUGCAUUUCCCCCAUCCCAGCAGGUCACCCAGGUCCCAGGCCGCGUAUGUGAACGGCAGUCUCCCGGCCACACAGCACAUCAAGCAGGAGUCCCUGCCCGACUACCGGGCCAUGGCGGAAGCUCGCGUGCCCCUGUCUGCCCACUGCCGGGCCCCGCCAGCCACAGGCCUGCACACGGACCUGGACCCCCCGGGCCGAGGCCUCGCCAACCCCGCACCUUCCUGCUACCUUCUGGGCAGUGAACCCAGCUCUGGCCUGGGCCCCCCACCCGAGGCCCACCUCCCUGAGGGAGGCCUGAAGCGCUGCUGCCUCUUGGGCCUGCCCCCCACCUCCUCGGCCUCCGCCUCCCCCUGUGCCUCCUCCGACAUCACCUCCAUCGUCCGCGCCUCCCAGACAGCUCUGGUCACCUGCGUAAAUGGACUUCGGAGCCCCCCUCUGCCGGGAGACCUGGGGGGCCCUCCCAGGCGGGCCCGGUCCAGCCCUGCAUCCACCGAGAGCCACGAGGGCAGUUUGCAACUCGAAGCCUGCCGGAAAGCCAGCUUCCUGAAGCAGGAGCCGGCGGAUGAGUUCUCAGAGCUGUUCGGGCCUCACCAGCAGGGCCUGCCGCCCCCCUACCCCCUGUCUCAGCUGCCGCCCGGCCCAGGCCUCGGAGGCCUGGGGCUGGGCCUGGCGGGCAGGGGGGUGGCUGGGCGGCAGGCGUGCCGUUGGGUGGACUGCUGUGCAGCCUACGAGCAGCAGGAGGAGCUGGUGCGGCACAUCGAGAAGAGCCACAUCGACCAGCGCAAGGGCGAGGACUUCACCUGCUUCUGGGCCGGCUGUGUGCGCCGCUACAAGCCCUUCAACGCCCGCUACAAGCUGCUCAUCCACAUGAGGGUGCACUCGGGCGAGAAGCCCAACAAGUGCAUGUUUGAAGGCUGCAGCAAGGCCUUCUCGCGGCUGGAGAACCUCAAGAUCCACCUGCGGAGCCACACGGGCGAGAAGCCAUACCUGUGCCAGCACCCAGGCUGUCAGAAGGCCUUCAGCAACUCCAGUGACCGUGCCAAGCACCAGCGUACCCACCUCGACACGAAGCCGUACGCCUGUCAGAUUCCUGGCUGCUCCAAGCGCUACACAGACCCCAGCUCCCUGCGCAAGCACGUGAAGGCCCAUUCAGCCAAAGAGCAGCAGGUGCGUAAGAAGCUGCACACGGGCCCCGACGCUGAGGCCGACGUCCUGAGCGAGUGUCUGGCCCUGCAGCAGCUCCACGCAUCCACACAGCUGGCUGCCAGCGACGGGAAGGGUGGCCGCGCCCUGGGCCAGGAGCUGCUCCCAGGCAUGUAUCCUGGCUCCAUCACCCCCCAUAAUGGGCUGGCAUCAGGCAUCCUGCCCCCUAUGCACGACGUCCCUUCCAGGCACCACCCACUGGAUGCUACCACCAGUUCCCAGCACCAUCUGUCCCCUCUGCCCACGGCCGAGAGCACCAGGGAUGGGCUGGGACCCAGUCUCCUCUCGCCCAUGGUCAGCCCAGUGAAGGGGCUCGGGCCACUGCCGCUGCCACCGUCUUCCCAGAGCCAUUCUCCAGGGGGCCAGCCCUUCCCCACGCUCCCCAGCAAGCCACCCUAUCCUCCCUUCCAGAACCCUCCACCCCAGCCUCUGCCCAGCCCGCAAGGCUACCAAGGAAGUUUCCACUCCAUCCAGAAUUGCUUCCCCUACGGGGACUGCUACCGGUCAGCUGAGCCCGCAGCCAGUGGGGACGGACUGGCCGGGGAGGCCCAUGGUUUCAACCCUCUGCGGCCCAAUGGCUACCACAGCCUCAGUGCACCUUUAGCUGCCACAGGCUACGAGGCCCUGGCCGAGGCCCCGUGCCCCACGGCGCUGCCACCACAGCCAUCUGAAGAUGUUGCGUCCAGCGGCCCCGAGGACUGCGGCUUCUUCCCCAAUGGGGCCUUCGACCACUGCCUGAGUCACAUCCCCUCCAUCUACGCAGACACCUGAAGGCUGCUGCCCGCCUCCACCGCAGACGCCACCCACCCACCUGCCGUCUCUUCCCACCCUCCAGGCACCCAGCCCGAGCAGCAGGCCACUGUGCCCGGAAUGCAGGGUGCCGGGUCUGCGGCGGCUGCCAGCUCCUGCCGGGAUGGUCCUCUGAGCCCGAGCCGGGCGCUCGGAGGUGCCCGUCAGGAUCCGUGACCUGUGACGUCCCUUGACUGGGUCUUCCUUUCUCUCUCCAAUGGUUUUGAAAUCACAGACCUCGUGUAUAUAAAAUGUACAGAACUUGUGUUCCAGUCCCCUGCCAGUUUUAUAUGUUGGGUUUUACAAGAAAAGCAUUAAAAACUGGAAAUGAGA